CCUCUUCAGAUUUCUGAUGUUAUCAAUCAUGUCAUCCACCGGAGUUCAAUAUAAGAAGAAAGGAUGGCUAAUUCAGAUGUCUCCGGAGAAGCAGGACACGCUUCUGAAGAUGUUAAUUCUUUCAAUGGCUGCUAUACUAUCUUUUUCGACUCGUCUGUUUUCCGUGUUGCGGUUUGAAAGUGUAAUCCACGAGUUUGAUCCUUACUUCAACUAUCGCACAACCCGCUUCCUGGCGGAAGAAGGAUUUUAUAGCUUUCACAACUGGUUUGAUGACAGGGCCUGGUAUCCCUUGGGUAGGAUCAUUGGGGGAACAAUCUACCCAGGUUUGAUGAUAACUUCCGCUACAAUCUACAGGGUGUUGAGGUUUUUAAACAUCCCUAUUGAUGUCCGAAAUGUUUGUGUGUUUUUGGCUCCUCUCUUCUCAAGUUUGACGACUAUUGUGACGUAUCUUCUAACUAAAGAAUUAAAGGAUGCCGGGUCAGGCCUCGUGGCUGCUGCAAUGAUAUCCAUUGUCCCAGGAUACAUCUCUCGAUCAGUGGCUGGUUCCUACGACAAUGAGGGUAUUGCGAUCUUCUGUAUGUUAUUAACGUAUUACCUUUGGAUCAAAGCUGUAAAGAGUGGAACUAUCUACUGGGGAGCAUUAUGUGCUAUAGCAUAUUUUUACAUGGUGUCAUCUUGGGGAGGGUACGUUUUCUUAAUCAACCUCAUUCCACUUCACGUCAUAGCACUUAUGAUAACUGGCCGAUUUUCACACCGGAUCUACAUCGCUUAUAGUACUGUGUACUGCUUAGGGACCAUGCUUUCAAUGCAGAUUUCUUUUGUGGGAUUUCAACCCGUUCAAUCAAGUGAGCACAUGGCAGCCUUGGGUGUGUUUGGUCUCUGCCAGCUUCACGCAUUUGUCGAUUAUGUCCGAUCCCGCCUGCCUAAGGAACAUUUUGAGGUCCUGUUUAAGACAGUUAUUUUUUUGACUGCAGGACUUUCAGCAUUAGUUGGAGGAGUCUUAACUGUUACAGGGAAAAUUUCUCCAUGGACGGGGCGUUUCUACUCUCUUCUUGACCCUUCAUACGCCAAAAAUAACAUCCCUAUAAUUGCCUCUGUGUCAGAACAUCAACCAACCUCGUGGUCAUCGUUUUAUUUCGAUCUACAACUGCUUGUAUUCAUGUUUCCAGUUGGACUGUACUUUUGCUUCAGCAAGUUGACGGAUGCUAAUAUUUUCAUCAUUUUGUAUGGAGUUACAAGCAUCUACUUUGCUGGUGUGAUGGUCCGUUUGAUGUUGGUCCUUGCUCCUGUUAUGUGUAUUCUUGCUGGAAUUGGAGUGUCAUCAAUGAUGACAACAUACGCAAAGCAGCUUGAUGUUUCACAACAAGACAGAAAAACUAAACGAUUUGAAAGCAACUUCUUUAUGAAAAGUGAGGUAGCCUGGACUUUCCUGACUGUCAUGAUGGCCCUUCUUGUGACAUACACUUUUCACUGCACCUGGGUGACCUCCGAGGCUUACUCGUCCCCUUCCAUCGUUCUCUCUGCACGUAGUCACGACGGUUCCCGCAUCAUCUUCGAUGACUUCAGGGAAGCUUAUUACUGGCUUAGACAGAACACUCCAGAGGAUGCUAAAGUGAUGUCUUGGUGGGAUUAUGGGUAUCAGAUAACGGCAAUGGCAAAUCGCACAAUUCUAGUUGACAACAACACUUGGAACAAUACACACAUUUCCAGGGUCGGCCAGGCAAUGGCUUCUUCAGAAGAAAAAGCAUACGAGAUAAUGCGGGAGUUAGAUGUGGAUUAUGUGCUGGUUAUUUUUGGAGGCCUGACAGGCUACUCUUCUGAUGAUAUCAACAAGUUUUUGUGGAUGGUACGUAUCGGUGGGAGCACUGAUCGCGGACGGCACAUCAAGGAACAAGAUUACUACACCCCUUCAGGCGAGUUCCGUAUCGACAGAGAGGGUUCACCCAUCUUACUCAACUGUUUGAUGUAUAAAAUGUGCUACUAUCGGUUUGGAUCUGUCUACACGGAAGCAGGUAAACCUCCUGGGUACGACAGAGUUCGUAAUGCUGAGAUUGGAAACAAAGACUUUGAGUUGGAUGUUCUUGAAGAAGCUUACACCACCGAACACUGGCUAGUAAGAAUCUAUAAGGUUAAAAAAUUACCUAACCGAGGAGUAUAGGGACUAUCUCUAUAUGAUAUUUUGUAUUCUUUUUUUUUUUCUAAUUCUGAGGGUAUUGAAAGUUUCUAAAGAGUCGAAUAUGUGAUUUUAUAUGCAUUAAAAUUCUGUAUGUUUUUACUAGCUACAUUCAUCUCAGUUAUUCAUACAGUUUUUGUGAGCAAAUUGAAAACCAGUUACUUGCUAUAUUAACCAUUCUUUUUAAAAUUGUAAAUUAGUCACUCUGGUCUGAAAGAAUACUGAUUUCUUAGAAGUAUUGCUAAAGAAAAAAUGACAGUAUGGGUUAAGGUGAUUUUAAGGUUGGAUCUUAAGUGACGCUCAAUUCAGUGGCACGUCUUUCUUUCCGUGCUGACAAACGAAGAAGUAAUACAAACAAUAAAAUGUAUUGUCUCUUGUAACUUGUAAGUCUCUCUUAUCUUUAUUACAACUUUUGGUGGCAAUCUUGGUCAAUCUUGAAGAGUAAUAUGAGUAAACUUUCCAUAAAGCUUACAGAUGACUAAAAUUAAAAACGUUUUAAAGCUUAAAAUCAAACAAAUUUUCUAGUAAGUACGUAGUUAAGUUCUAUCUCUGAAAAGGAGAGAGAGGUUAAGGAAUUAUGGGCUGACUUUGGUCAGUGUAAUGUGUUCCAUAUGGAAGAGUACAUAAAGAUUGAGCUACUGUUAUAGCAAAUUGUUCAACAAUUUAACGAAAAUUUUAAUUGAGUAAAUGAUUUGUAACACAUUUGAUCUCAGAGUGGAAGUGAUGUUCAUUUUUUGUUUUAAAAUACUGUUUCAGUUGUUUUUGGCUGUCAUGAAUUAUAACUUAAAAUACAAAAUUAAACAUUGAAAUGAUGCGAAAUUAAGUACUGCAGAACAGAAAUGAAAAUUGUAAAAUAAAUAAAUAAAGGACAAGAUAAGAGAAAUCUGAGGAUAAAAAGAUUAAAAUUUAAGGCAGCAAAUUUUUUUUUUUAUAAGUUUGAAGACCACAUUUCAACAACCUAUAAAAGAAGAACAAAAUAUAUAUUUUUUUUAUGUUAAGUUGUUUUAAUUAGUAGGAAGUUUUAAAAUAUCUUAAAUCCAUUUAUAUUGCAUCCUGAGUAAAACAUAUAUAAUAUCUCUGUAAUUAUUACACUCUUUUUAUCAUGUCAAGAAAAAAGUUACUUAAGUUUCAACAAUGAAGUAAUGAUUAAGGUUUGAAUCAUCAGAACAUAUUGUUUUUGAUUGAUAAAAAUUUGAACACUAUCCUAAGAGACUUUAAGAGUACAAAAAUAGCCUGAAACAACAUAGUUAUAAUUGUUUGGUAUCAUUAUUUUGUGUUAAUGCUUUUCAUAAUUUGUGUACAAUUUAAAUGAUGUCUCCCCCUCUGUCUGGGGAUCAUUUGUUAGGCAGGUUUAGCUAGUGACCAAUGGACUGUUUCCUACAAAAUGUAUUUUCGAACAACAGUUUUGUUAUAGAAAGCAGCGAUAAUAGUUCAAACAUUAUUAACACUUAUCAGAAGAAGUAAUUAUAUUGUUUAAAACUCGUUCUGUAACUAGUUUAAUCACUCAAUUUUCUCUCUCGACAAAGCUGCUUCUAGAAUUUUAAAACUUUAUAAUUACUGUUAUAUUAGUUUUUUAUUAAAAUGUACCACAUCUCAAUUACAAAAGAAAAAUCGGUUAAAACCUUGUUUCCUGUUUUCAUUGGUAAUCACACUCCUGAUACUCAAACCUAAACCAUAUUUGUACAACCAAGCACUAAGAGUAAUAAAAAUAGUAAUACAA